GUGUACGUCGUGUCUCUGGGUGGGAUGUUGAUCAGUCAGCCAGUUACCAUCGGUGGCUCAGGCAGCACCUACAUCUACGGCUAUGUUGAUGCCAAAUACAAACCCAACAUGAGCAGAGAGGAAUGUCUACAGUUCGCCACUAAUGCUCUCGCUUUGGCCAUGGGCCGAGACAACGUCAGUGGAGGUGUGGCUCACCUGGUGGUGAUCACAGAAAAGGGGGUGGAGCAUGUUGUUGUACCUGGUGAUAAGUUGCCUAAGUUCCAUGAUGAGUGACUAAUGAAAUUUGAAUUUUUUUUUUUAUUUUAAUUUUAUUUUAUUUUUGCAUUAAGGAGCAAAUAUUUGGAAUCCACAAUGUACUAGGUUAUUGCUAAUUUGCUAUAGCAUGAGAAGAUAAAAUAAAAUAUAUCCAAAAACUUCAUCACUUUCCCAUUUACUUUAUUUAUCUACUUCAAAAUCCAGGGAUGUGAUGUGUUCUGUAAAUUAUGAUACUGUUUUAACUGAAGUUGUCUCAUAAUAUUUAAGGUCCUUCCUAAUGUUUAUAUAGUGGUUUAGACAGUGGUAGCAGCCUUACCCUCGUAAUUAACCAGUUACCAAAUGCACCCUUAAUGAG